AUGAUUAUAUGCAUUACUGCUGUCAUCCUUGGUGCUGUUCUUGGUACAAGAAAAAGUUCUUCUAUCACUGCAUCAGUGUGCAAAUCUAGACAAUUCAAGAUCACAGCAGAUAUUCUUUGGUCUUUUGAUUGUUCAAGUGUAACCGAUGACAUUGGAGAAAUGUACAACGGUAUAACUUUCAAUAAUAUAGUUUAUGUCAAUCCAGAUUUUUCUGGUCAAGGCAAAGCAUUAAAUUUAGAUUCAAAUAAAAAACAAUAUGUUGAUAUAAUUCAUUCACUUCAAUUUUCAAAACGAACAAGUUUUACAAUUAGUAUGUGGAUAGGCUAUGCCUACUUGUGGGGUGACACAGUUAUAUUCAAUAAUUGUGAUAUGAAUCUUUAUCCAUACGAUUGUCUUACAAUGGGUAUAUCGGAUCGAAAUGUUUUCAUGUCGUUAGCACAAAAUGAACAAUCUUAUUUUGAUGCAGUCAAUCGUCUUUUUUCCAAGCAUGGCAUCGAUCGUCAAUGGAACUAUCUUUCGUUUCAAUUCGAUUCUACAGCAGGUAUUAUAUCAAUUUAUAUCAAUGGUUAUUUUGAUCGUUCAAAAAAUCUGACUGGAACCGAAGAUUUAAAUAAGUUUGUAGGAAAUGGAACAACACGUAUUGGUGGACCUAUUUCUUCAAAUACUAGUGUCUUUCUGUAUGCUCAAACAAUGCUUGAUCAAAUCUCAAUAUCAUACCAUCUGAAAAGUGCAACUGAAUUAUUACGUGAAGCAUCAUUACUUUUUCACUAUCAAUUCAAAAAUUCCAGUAAUAUACAUGAUGAUUCUGGUCCUAAUGCAAUAAAAGCUUACAGUCAAAAUGUAUAUUAUAUUGAAGAUGGACUUUAUUUUAAUACAACAACUUCAUUUUUCAAAGCUUCAGAAUUUACUAUUAUUCAAUUGAAUGAUUAUACAUAUUCAAUUGCAUUUUGGAUUCGUAUUUCUGACAUUGACUUGUUAAUGGAUAACCAAUCAAUAUUGAUUUUUGAACUAAAAGCUAAAACUUCACUUGGUGCACUUGACUAUAGUUGUUUUUCUUAUUUUUAUUGGCAAUAUAAUGUUUUCCAUUAUGAACUUUUACGUUCUCAGAUCGGCCUUACAGUUUCUACUAGUAAUGACACGACUCAAUUUGAAAUGGCCAAAUGGUUUCACAUAACAGUGAUCGAUUCACCGACAAAUGGAAUCUUUCUUUACAUUAAUGGUCAGUUGAGUGGAUUGUACAAUAACACCAGUACUAUUAGCAUUACAUAUAGACUUGAUAUGACAUUAGGUACACCAAUGAUCGAUGAAUCACUGCCGAAUAAGUGGCCUUGUUUUGAUUCUUUAAUACGAGCUCAGUGGAAAGGAACUAUUAAUGACUUUAGAUUUUACGCUCGUCAACUUACUCAAAGUGAAAUUCUUGACAUUAUCAAAAAUCAAAAUAUAACGAGUCAAAAGUGA